AUGGAUGAAACAGAUGUUCUUGAAUUAAUCGAAAACUAUAAAAACAUUAAAGAUAGAGUCGAAUAUGUUUCAAAUAAAUUUGAUAGAAGGAAUGUUGCAUUAGUAGCUGUUAGUAAGACCAAGCCAGUAGAGAUGAUUAGAAUCUUAUACGAAAAGGGCCAUAGACACUUUGGUGAAAAUUAUGUAAUUCAAGAACUCAUCCAAAAAUCAGAAGAGCUUGCAUCAUUGAAUGAAAUCAAAUGGCAUUAUAUUGGUAGUAUUCAAUCAAAUAAAAUUAAACAUUUAGCAAGUGUAAAAAAUUUAUAUGUAGUCGAAACUGUUGAAAAGAAAGAAGUUUUAGAUAAAUUUGCAAAGAGUUGGGAUUUAGAAAAAUCAAACAAUACCAAAUUAAAUAUUAUGAUUCAAGUUAACACAAGCCAAGAGGAAUCAAAGAGUGGCUGUCACCCAAAUGAUUGCUUAGAAUUAGUUAAAUAUUGUGUUGAAGACGAAAAAUGUAAAGAAAAAUUAAACUUUUUAGGUUUAAUGACAAUUGGUAGUCCAAAUGCAACUGAAGAUCAACCUGAUUUUAAAUGUUUAGUUGAAUGUAAAAACAACAUUGCAAAGAAUACUGGCAUUCCUUUAGAAUCUAUUCAACUAUCAAUGGGUAUGUCCCAUGAUUUCGAACCAGCUAUUGAAUUUGGAAGUACCUCAGUCAGAGUCGGUUCAGCAAUUUUUGGGGAUAGAGAUUAUUCAAAAAAAAACUAG